UUUUCCCAGAAUGUAUCUCAAGUUAAUUGUUGCAUAUAUGUGUUAGUUUGUAGGAACCUUUUGUGGGAUCUGUGUACGCUCAAACAGACUGCGUUGGAACGACAAAUCCCUAUCCAUACCGUCCAAGUAUUCAACCUAGAGAAUGACCUCGGCUGUGAAGCCAAAACAUUUUGGGGAGUGAAAAGGAGGAAUCGGUACCCCUGGCUGGCAGCUGAACGGGAUGACGGUCUGGUUCCUGGUGAAGAUGCUAAGAAUGAAGAAGAGACCUUCCAAAGAAGGGAAGAACCCUCAGCAGGGAACUACUGAGGACUGUAGCAUUGACUCUGAUGACUGGACCAGCUCUGAGAGUGAGCCAGAGCAGCUGGGCUUGCGAAAUCCCAGCCAUUCCCAAUGGCAAGAACAAGGACCACCUCCCAAGCCCCAUCCACAGCUCUGCCGCUCCCCUUGUCUGGACCAACCCAGCUUCUCUCAGAGCAGCACUCUGCAGGACCCAAAACUCGAAGAAGACAAGCAGCCCUCUGUGGACAAGGAGUACCAGGCCAAAAUGGACUUUGCUUUAAAACUUGGGUAUGCUGGGGAGCAGAUUCAGACUGUUCUGAGCAAACUGGGUCCAGAUGCCCUCAUCAAUGACAUAUUGGCCGAACUUGUGAGGCUAGGGAACAAAAGCGAGGAAGAGGGUCAAAAAACCGGAGGGCCAGAACACGGCCACACAGCCAGGGAUGUGACUAGCCCGGAGCUGUCCCUGGAAGGUGAGAUCCCAGACAACAUCGAGAACCUGAGACCUGUGGUGAUAGACGGAAGUAACGUGGCCAUGAGCCAUGGGAACAAAGAAGGCUUCUCCUGCAGGGGAAUACAAUUAGCUGUCGACUGGUUUCUGGAGAAAGGCCAUAAAGAUAUUACAGUGUUCGUACCUGCAUGGCGGAAGGAGCAGUCUCGCCCUGAUGCACCAAUUACAGAUCAAGAUAUCUUACGUAAACUGGAGAAAGAAAAGAUUCUUGUCUUUACUCCAUCUCGAAGAGUACAAGGCAGGAGAGUCGUCUGCUAUGAUGACCGUUUCAUCGUCAAGUUGGCUUUUGACUCUGAUGGCAUCAUUGUGUCCAACGAUAACUACCGGGAUCUUCAGAAUGAGAAGCCUGAGUGGAAGAAAUUCAUCGAAGAGAGACUACUGAUGUUUUCUUUUGUCAAUGACAAGUUUAUGCCUCCGGAUGACCCCUUAGGGCGUCAUGGUCCAAGUCUGGAAAAUUUCUUAAGAAAGAAACCUGUGAUUCCUGAGCAUAAGAAGCAGCCAUGCCCUUAUGGUAAAAAAUGCACGUAUGGCCACAAGUGUAAAUACUAUCACCCAGAGCGUGCCAACCAGCCACAGCGGGCAGUAGCAGAUGAGCUCCGCAUCAGUGCCAAACUGUCAGCUAUCAAAACCAUGAGUGAGGGAGCAUUGCCCAAGGGUGGCAGUGCGGCACCCAUGCCUGCUUCCAAGAGCGAACCCAGUUCUGAAGGGAAGCGUGUUGCUCCCAAACGCCAGUCAGAUCCCAGCAUCCGGUCUGUGGCUGUGGAAACCGAGGAGAGGCUGCCUAUCAUUCGUAAGUCUGAGACCAACUCCACCCCCUCCCUGGUGACGGCAUUGAGUGUCCCCACACUUCCUCCUUCCAAAAGCCAUGCGGCAAGUGCCCUGAACACCCGCUCUGCAAGCAGCCCAGUGCCUGGUUCCUCACAGUUCACCCAUCAGAAAUCUUCCCUGGAACACAGAACCAGUAUGCAAUACCCACCCAUCCUGGUCACUAAUAGCCAUGGCACCUCUGUUGGCUACACUGAGCAGUAUCCAAAGUAUGACUCCUUGGGGGAUCGUGGCUACUACUCAUUGAUGAGUGACUUCUCCAACCUAAGCAUCAACAGUGGCCAUGGUGCAGACUACUAUGGGGCUGAGCCAGACCGUCACACGUGCAGCAUGUACGCUCGCAAUGCCAGCCCCUGCCAUGACAAACACAUGAGCCAUACGAGUAGUGAUCCUUAUUCCUCGUACAGCGAUUUGUAUUUGGGUGUAGUAGAGGCUAGUCAGGAAGAUGCUUUGAAGGUGAACCGAUCGUGCUCACAAAACCAUCUUCAGCCUUUUUCACAUGGUUACCAUGAAGCCUUAACAAGAGUUCACAGUUAUGGUCCGGAUGAACCCAAACAGGUUCCCCACAAACAUCCAGCACCCCGAUUAGUGUUGCAUGCCCAGCCUCACCACCCAGUAGUUGGAGCUCGAUCUAGUUGUCCCGGAGAUUACCCUGUGCCUCAGGGCAUCCACCCCCCAGGUACAGCUCCACCAGGCCGAGCACUGGUGAUGACACGGAUGGACAGCGUUUCUGAUUCCCGCCUCUAUGAUGGCAACCCAAUGAGGCAGAGGCGGCCACCCCUGUGCCGGGAGCAACAUGCCAGCUGGGACCCUCUGCCCUAUCCUGCUGCUGCCGACUCCUACGGCUAUCACUCGUACCCUUUGAGCACCAACCUCAUGCAACCCUGUUAUGAGCCAGUCAUGGUGAGGAGCAUGCCUGAAAAGAUGGAGCAGAUCUGGAGGAAUCCUUGGGUUGGGGUGUGUGGCCAGCCAAGGGAGCAUCACAUGAUCCCUGAACACCAGUAUCAGACCUAUAAGAACCUCUGCAACAUCUUCCCGGUGGGCAUCGUCCUCUCAGUGAUGGAGAAGAACCCUCACCUGACUGAUGCACAGCAGCUGGCAGCCAUAAUUGUGGCCAAGUUGCGCUCAGGACGCUAAUGGAUGAUUCUUCUUGGCCCUUUCUGGAAUGAGCAAUCCGGGGAGAGAAGAUAUGAGGGAAGGUGGCUAAGUGGAAGAAACCCUCCCAGGAAUCUCAUUACUAAUAAUAUAUGCUUACUCACCGAUUCGGUACUGGAAAAAGUAUGGCAAUACUAUACUAAAGGCAGAAGCAAGAGCACCCAAAUCAGAUUGUGUUGUACAUAGGUUUAAUUUUUUAGGGUUGUUUUAAAGUAGGAAUUUCAAAAACUAUAUGAAAGGAAAUGCAUAUCUUAUUGCAUGGAUAGUUGGCCAUCAGAGAUCCUUAAUGAAACAAAUGGGAUCCCAGUUUACCCUUGAAUGCUGUAAGUGCAAAUCUAUUGUCAGCAGUUAUGUUGCACGUUUGAAUGUAUAUUUUCUGGGGUGCAUUAAGUGUGUGUAUGUAUGUGUGUCAUAUAUAUGUAAUAUAUAUAUAUAUAUA